AUGACGUCCGAUGAGGACAAGGAGACCGCCCCUGUGAGGCAUACUCAGGCGCUGUUGAACGCGUCGAGCAGAACUGGUUCUCGGCCACAAAAGCGGCUCCAGACGGAGACAGAAUCUGUGCCAAAUAAAAAGUCUCGUUCAUCACUUGGGCAUUCUAGGUCCCACUGGGGCCACAGUUCGAACUCCCAUGCUUCGCGGCCGCAAGAGCAGCGGAACCGCAGUAGAAUCUCCACGGUCAUCCAGCCGCUGCGACAGAGUGCAGCAGAAGUGGUGGACCUCACAGUGGACGAAGACGAGCCAACUGUUGUGCCAACAACUUCCUCUAGAGUGGACUCCCAGGCUGCGAAUUCUGCUUCGGACGGGGGUCCCAAUGCCACAACAUCAGAGCAGGUCUCUGACGUAGUUUCUAGCAUCUCCAACAGCCAGUCCUCAUUGGUACCGGAGCCUUUGGUUGUUCUCACCAACAGCGGUACUGCUGGAAAUUCGGCAGGAGACGACGCAAGAGGAAAUGCCUCAAGUGCAACACUGGAACCCGGCCCUCCGGCGAUGCCAAGGCUGCCCUCGUGCUGCCCCCAGCAUUCCCCGUGUGGCGGCUCUUCGCAGAGCCACCACGGCCUGGGGCACCCUCACGCCAGCUGCUUCCAGCAGCACAGCCACCACUUCCAGCACCAUCAGCACCACCCCCACAACCCCCACGCCAGCGUCCCGCUCUCGCCGCCGUUCAGCGAGGCCAGCUGCCCCGUCGAAAGGCCUCCUCCAGUGCCGGCACCUGGCGGGCCAAGCAGCAGUUCUGGCACCACUUACCACGACCAGCAGGCCUUGCCGGUAGACUUGAGCAGCAACGGCAUCAGGAAUCACGGCAGCGGCUCUUUCCACGGAGCGUCGGCCUUUGACCCCUGCUGCCCAGGGUCCUCCUCCCGAACAGCCAUCUACGGGCACCAGGCCGGGGCUGCUCCGAGCCAGCCCAUCGCCAUUGACGGAUACAGCGCCAACCUGGUGGCCCAGGCCCAGCCUCCGCCCCCACCCCAGGCUUCGUUGUCCUCUUGCCGGCAUUUCAUGCACGCACCUUAUGCGUCUCUGACUCGACCGCUUCACCAUCAGGCCGCCGCCUGCCCCCAUUCCCACGGGAACCCCCCUCCCCCAGCUCCCUCGCAGCCCCCGCAGCCUCCCCCUCAAGUAGACUACGUCAUCCCCCACCCUGUCCACCCCUUCCACCCUUCCAUCUCCUCGCAUGCCGCCUCCCACCCCGUCCCCCCUCCGCCCCCGCCCCACCCAUUGGCCAAUGCCGCGGCCCUGAUCCCGCAGCCCCUGCCCACCACCCACCAGUCCCUGUCCCAUCAUAUCCCUGCCACGGCACCUUCGGCCCAGAGGCUGCACCCGCGUGUGAUCCAGCGGCUGAGGGUCCAUCUGCAGAGAAUGAUGCAGCACCCAACGCGAGCACACGAACGGCCUCCACCACAUCCUCACCGAAUGCAUCCCAACUACGGCCACGGGCAUCACAUCCAUGUACCCCAGACGAUGUCGUCGCACCCGCGCCAGGCGCCAGAGAGAUCCGCCUGGGAACUGGGAAUCGAAGCAGGAGUGACAGCAGCUACCUACCCGCCAGGCCCGUUACACCCUCACUAUCACACGCCUCCUCGACUUCACCAUUUGCAAAUCGGUGCCCUUCCUUUAAUGGCAGGCCCUUUCAGGGGCAAUUUUGAGGAAUUAAUUCAUCUGGAAGAACGUCUAGGAAAUGUGAAUCCCGGAGCUUCCCAAGGAACGAUUGAAAGGUGCACAUAUCCACACAAAUACAAAAAGGGUGAGCAUUUCUCAGAGAGGAAACUGCACUGCAAACAAGAUGGGGAGGAAGGAACUGAGGAAGAUACAGAGGAAAAGUGUACCAUUUGUUUAUCUAUAUUAGAGGAAGGUGAAGAUGUCAGGCUCCUGCCGUGUAUGCAUCUUUUCCACCAAGUGUGCGUGAAUCAGUGGUUGAUCACAAACAAGAAGUGCCCCAUUUGCAGAGUGGACAUUGAGGCUCAGCUGCCAAGCGAGAGUUGACACCCUUUUGCCUAAAACCUCUUGCUUUAGUGACCUCCGCAAACUUGCAGGCAAGAUUAUCUGCUUUAGAAAGUAGAAUUGUGUGGUCUUUUAUUUUUUUGUUUUUAUUUUUUACAUAGAGUCAAGCUUUUCAGAGUAUGAUUUCACUCAUU